GUUAUUAACGUAAAUUGUCCAGAUACUUAAUAUUUGCCUAAAAUCUUUGAAGAAAUAGGAGCAGUUAGUAUUUUCCCAUGAUGUCUAGCGCCAACAUGUAAAUGAUCAUUGGCUAGAAUCAACCAAUGAAAAGUCUUCACAUGUUGUUCCCACCUUAAUCUUUUUUUAUUCUGCUACUUUAUUAUUUAACGACUUAUCUGAGCUUGCUCACUCACGACAGCGUUGAGGGUGCAAAGCGAUUACUUCAUCCACUUUGGAAAUACUAUAGCCAUGGCUGGGAAAGUUGUACUUCACUAUUUUAAUGGGAGAGGAAAAAUGGAGUCAAUCCGUUGGCUCUUGACCGUAGCAGAAGUGGAAUUUGAUGAGGUGUUUUUGACAACUCGGGAGCAGUAUCUUAAACUCCUGAGUAACGGAGACCUCAUGUUUCAACAGGUUCCCCUGGUGGAAAUGGACGACAUGAAGCUUGUUCAGACAAAGGCAAUCUUAAACUACAUCGCAGAGAAGUACAACCUUCAUGGAAAAGAUCCCAAAGACAAACUCAUGGUCAAUACCUACUCAGAGGGAUUGAUAGAUCUCAUGGAAAUGAUCAUGGUGUUGCCCUUUGCUGCAGAUGUAAAACCAAAACUGGACAACAUUCAAAAGAAAGCAAAUGAGCGCUACCUUCCUGUGUUUGAAAAGGCGUUGUGUGGGUCCAUAUACCUGGUGGGAGGUAGACUGAGCUGUGCAGAUGUGCAGCUGCUCGAAUGCACCCUGAUGUUGGAAGAGAAAUUUGCUGGUAUCCUUACUGAUUUCCCCAACGUCAAGUCGUUUCAGGGCAGGAUGACCAGAAUUCCCGCCGUCAGCAGGUUCCUGCAGCCCGGCAGCAAGAGGAAGCCGCAGCCAGAUGAUGUAUACGUGAAAACCAUCAUGGAGGUUUUCGACAUAAAAUCACCGUUUCUGUGAACUCUGUCCUCCUCACACAGGCAGAGUUAAUGAUUAAUAAUGCAAGGACAUUAUUUUGUCCACGAGGAAUGACUAUAUUUGAAUAUUUCACUAAUCCUAACAAACAUUAGCAUUAGCUUGACUAAAACCUUUGUAACCCUUAAACAUUAUAGGGUGCAGGGUGGUUGGUUAAUAAUGCAAGGACAGGAUUUUGUCGAUGUUGAUCAACUAUAUUUGAACACUUCACUAACCAUUACAGACUUUGACAUUAGUUUGACUGGAAUCUAUGAAGUUUUCACUGCAAAUAAAUUGGACAAACAUUUGAAAA